UUUGACCCAUUCCAUUCGGACCAGGAUUCAUGCCCACGAAAACAACUCGCUUUGGUCCAUCCAAGAAUUUUUCCAAGUAAGCGCAGUGUAAAUUUGAGGCAUAAACCAAUGGAUUGUAAACAUGUGUUAUACUUGAUGGUAUUUCAAUACUUAGCAAAUCAUCAUUUAGCUGGCAUUCUAAACUAUAGAAACGACUCCAAAAUGUUUGGCUUACAACUGACGUUUUAGAGUCACAUCUGUUGGAUGUUGAAGUGUGUGCCGAAUUUGAAGAUGUUUCUGUUGGUUGUAAUGAAAGACGCCGCUUCCUGGUAGCAGCAAACUUCUGUAGGCUAUUCAGUGACAUGACAGUCUCUCCAGUAGAUACGCUGGUGCUCCAGAAAAUAUUUCCUUUAUUCAUUUUUCCCGCGACAUAAUCAUAACGUCGUUUUAUAAAAAACGGUAAAAGCAAUUGAAUCGCCAAGGAAUAUGCUCAGUUGUAAGAAUUAUAAUUGUAUUAGGAUGCUACAAAACACGAACAAACCAGAAAAGCAGCUUCAUAAUUAUGCAAACUGGGAAGACAAAAUCUACCCUAUAAAUUGUAUAGCCUGCAGGUAUGCAAUUUAAUACAGUUCUUAUCCUUAAGUGCUUGUUCUUGAUAAGGCAAUUCAGAAUAUAGUACAGUAUUGUAUGUUGUCAUUAAUUCAGAUUUAAUGUUGUAAACACUCUUCCUUAAGGUAUUUAUAAAUACCAAAGAACGUAUAUAUAUGAUAUAUAUCAUAUAUGAUCAGUCUCUGUAAAUAAAGUGAAGCAAAGUACACACAUUAUUGUAAGCGCGCCAAUAGAAGAAGAAUAAUUUCAUAUUUGUGAAUUGAAAUUGGGAAGAAGAAGAAUAUAUAAUCAAUUUAUCGCAUUCACAUUUUACUCCCUACUAAUUUUAAAAGUCUAUUAAAUUUUAUAUUUUAUGGCAGGUGAGGUAACAGUUGAUGCAUUACCUUACAUUGAUCAAGGCUACGAUGACGCAGGAGUUCGAGAAUCGGCCCUUGCUAUGGUGGAGGAAGAAUGCCGACGUUAUAGGCCCACAAAGAAUUAUCUUGAUCAUUUACCACCUUUAAAUGCAAAUGCUUUUGAAACCGAACUAAUGGCAAGCGAAUUUGAGAGAAUACAAAAUCGCCAACCAAUGGAAACUCUAAGCAUGAAACGGUACGAAUUGCCACCCCCACCGUCUGGUAAACUGUCGGAAGUAAGCGCUUGGCAAGAGUCUAUAGAAAAUUCCAUGGCACAACUAGAACAUCAAUGGGUGCGUGCAAUGAACCUGGAAUUAAUGUUGGAUUAUGGUAUAGAGUCUUGGAAAGCAUAUUUAGAAGUUAUAGCCGCGUUACAGGCUAAAACACUGACGCAAUUGCAGGAAUCAAAAAAACAAAUACAAGAUAUUAACUGGCAACGUAAGCAGGCGCAAACACAAGCCGGAGACAAGUUAAAAUCAUUAGAGGCCAAUUGGGUAUUGUUGGUAUCUAAAAAUUAUGAAAUUGAACAAAAGUGUGCAGAGUUAGAGGAUCAAUUGCAAAAGGCGCACAUAGAAGUUGAACGUCUGAAAGCACGGAAAAGUAGUACGCUUACCAAUGGGGACACUUAAAUGCCACAUCAAAUAUUUACUUAACGUAACUAGUUUUUAUAAUAAAACAAGCAAGAAAAUAUUCAUAAAAAAUAUAAAUAAUGAUAUAAAUAUAUAUAUAAAUAAAUGUA